AUGCAAUUUAAUUAUGAUUCACAAGCUCUCAUUAAUAUCAUUAAACAGAAAUGGUAGAUGAGAACUGAAUCAAUCGAUCAACUAGUGCGGUUAUUUGGUAAAAUUAUAGAUUAUUAUGAGUAAUCUAACUAUUUACGAGAUGUAAAUUUUCAAAUUUAAUACAGUACAAUCAGAAUAUAUUGUGAAAAUAAACUUUUCUUAGUUGAAAUCUUAAAAUUACAUCCUCCAUAAGAGGAACAUAAAAUUUAGCCAAUAAAUUUAUUUGCUAUGAAAUCAAAAUGCAAAUUCAACAAGAUUUAUAUAGGUGUUUAUGCAGAAAUUUUGAAAAACAGAAUAUUUUCUAUUAUAGAUUUCUUAAAAAAUAAUCAAGAAGAAUUAUUAAAGCUUAAUUUGAGUUUUUUCAAUGACUUUUAAGAAGAUGAAAUAGAAUUAGCCCUUUAGCGUAUAACUCAAAUAACUUAAGAAAACAAAAUAAGUUAAUGUGUUAUUUACAUAAGAACUAAAUCAAAUAUAAUUUGA